ACCACCUCCACAGAGUACCCAUGCACACACACACCACGCAUCCUAACCUCUGUGGACGUUAAAGCUCUGCAGCUCUGACACGAUGGAUUUUUUGGACAGCGGCUACCUGGACGCGCGCUCUCCCUACGACAACACCUUUAAUUUUUGGAACGACUACCUCGGUUUGUCGACACUUGUCGCCAAAAAUAAGAUCAACAGUCCGUCCUGCAGCCCCAACUCCAUCACGGAGUCUCUAAAAGCGACUCUGGGCUUGGAGGACGACUCUCCGGUUUGCUCCUGCGUAAUUGGGCACGGCCGGGACAGCGACGGACACUUGGACUGCUGCUGCGCGGCCCCGGGCUCCCCGCCGAUCUCCAUCUAUGAUCUCAAGGAGCGCAUCUCGCUCCUCAGGCCGUACGAGCCCCUCGACUCGCCGCUGGGGGACAGAGAUUCCCCCUCGUACGGGGGAAGCUUCGCCGGCCUGGACCUGCUCUCCAUGGACAGGCGGCGCAAACAGACGCAGAGGGGGAAACCGGAGCCGAAGGUGUGCGUCUUCUGUCGGAAUAACGGCGCGCCGGAGGAAGUUUACGGCACCCACAUCCUGAAGACGGCGGACGGCAGAGUCCUGUGCCCCAUCCUGCGGGCGUACACCUGCCCCCUCUGCAGCGCAAACGGCGAUAAUGCGCACACCAUCAAGUACUGCCCGCUGUCCAAAGACCACCCGAGCCAGAGAGUGGCCAAGGGGGGCAGAGCGAUCGGAAAAAGGCUGAAAAUCUUCUAAAUUUGCACCGUAAAUUACUCGUGCGUAUGUGCGUGUGUGGCGGUCUUUUUGCCCCACUUCAUGCACAAAACAAGUCCGGAGAAUCAGAUUCAACCCUUUGAAACUUGGAGCGACAUCACUUUUCAUGUGCUGC